UCAACAGCCCAUCAUUCUUCGGUAUCGUCAUGAAGAUCUUACAGUUGAUUCUUUCGUUGAUGAUCAUCGUCGGCGAUUUGUACGAUGUAUCGAGGGCAGACGAAAGUGCGGCCCCGGUGCUGAUGAAAAGGCCCUUUUGCAACGCUUUCACUGGCUGCGGCAAAAAGCGCGACUCGUCGUACUCGGCACCGGCCGGCGGCUACAACGGCUUCAACGACAUCAACAACGACUACCUUCAGCGGACGAUUCCGGCCUAUAGGGUGCUUUUGCGCAUCGCAGCCGCCGCCAGAAACAACAAGAACAAUGCUCCGCUGCCCACCGACAUACGGCAAAUGAUGAGACCACGACCGGAGGCUUUGCCGAGGGGGAUCGACGUGCCCUUUUGA